CGUUAAUUACAAAAUUUUCAAGUUAUGUAUAAAACUAAACCCAUUUUCGGUUAAUUUGCACUAUUGUUAUCCGCUUUGCUUAUAUUACAAUAAGAAAUGAUGACAAGAAAAGUAUUUUGUUAUACUAAGGAAUAACAUAAAAACUAACUAAUACCAAAAUGAUCUUUGUUACUUUCUCAGUUGUCUUUCAUUUUUUUUUCGUCUUUGCCUUUUUUUUUAAUUCAAUCCUAAUUAGUAUAUGAUAUUUAUAUUUAUUGUUAUUGUUUCUGCCAAGACCCUCCCUCGCCUCUUUAUGCACUUCCUCUUAGCAACUCUCCAAGCAUAAGGUGCCCUCCUCGUCAGCGGCGGAUCCAGAAUAUAGAAGAGCACUGGGCCGCAUUUCAUUAAAAAAUUAGAACCGUAAAAAAAUAUAAUGAUUAUAGUUUUUUGCAAUGUAAAUUGUACACGACUGUAUUUUAAUUUAGAGAAUGCAUCAAUAAUGAAGUCUACAUCCAUACCAAUAGUAUAGACUGUUUCAAAUAAAAUACUUGAGCAAUCGGCGAGAAAUUCAUCGCUCAUUUUGUUGAGCAAAUCAGUUCUCACAUGUUUCAUUGUUAAAAAGGUUAUCUUCGUAGUAGCUGUCGAAACGAGCAGCAUCAACACUAGAUAAAUCAAUCGACUAAUCAAUUUGCAUUGUGUGUCCAUCCUUGCACACAAGCUACUUUAGUAAAUUUGUAAGGGAACAAACCUCAUAUUUCUUUUAGUCUUUUACGUUUUAAACUUUUUAGAAUUUUAGGUUUCAUUGUUUUUUUAAGACGCAUGAUCUUUGGGGCUAAAAUUUCGAGGCUAAAUUUAGAAUAGUGAUUUGAAUAUGUUCAACUUGAUAAUUUUUCUAGUUAAACCCAAUCUUAUCAUAGAAUAACACUGAGUCGAAUGUCUAAAAUAAAAAAUUUCAUAAGGACUAUAGUAACUACGGAUCCAGAUGAGGGCUGGGCAGGGGCCUGGGGUGGCCACCCCCUGGAUCCGCCAGUGCUCCUCGUGCACACAAGGUGCACAACAGACGUAGGCGGUCCUGUUAACAUCUCGACGAUCAAGUUAGUACCAUGAUUUUGAAGAGAAGGAUGUUUAGUAAGAGAUCCCAAACUAAGUAAAUGAAAUUUAUCUACUUUUCUAUUUAUACCAAGAGAAUCGUCAACCAUUGCCCCCAAAUUCGCCCCACGUCAUCACGAUAAUAAAAUCACUGUGCUUUCCCCUUACCAUGCCCCAUGACCGUCUAACACAACUUUCAGUGGUAUUUCUGAAGUUUUGUGCUCUUCUUGUUGUAUUUCUGAAGCUCAUAUUGAGCAUCUAUGGGCUUUUGUUUUUCUGUCCUUGUUCUAUUUUUAGUUUGCUUUGUUGGCUCUCUUGUAAUUGAUCUUUCAAAGUGCAAUGCAAGUAUUCCCUUUGUAAAAUAAAUAAAUAAAUAAAAAAAUGGUUCUAGACACAUGAUCUCACUUAUUUAGCAUUCCGUACGUUUUCUAGUCAUUAUGUCUUAUUGUCCUCAUGCGCCCCUUGUCAGAACUUUGGCCCUACGCGUCCAGGCUGGCAAAUGCCCCAUUGGCGGAGCUUUGUCCUUAAUGGGCUAACACUUUGGGUCUUCUCACUUGGGCCUUCAUCAUACCCUCAAUAGUUAUUUAUAAAUAUAAAUGGUUAUUUAAACAAAUCACCAACGGUCUAUAGCAAGUAACAAUACUUUUUAGUUCCCUCAAAAACAAUACUUUUUAGUUGAAUGCCAAGUUAAUGCAAAAAAAAAAAAAAAUCCACUUAAUAGUAGCUUGUUUUAAAUUGAGUUUCAGUUUUUAUUCCUUCUGAUUCUCUAUAUAGAUUUUUCUUCUCGCUCAUAGGUGCUAUAUUGGAUUUAAAUCAGAUUUCAGAUCAAUCUAUAUUGAUUAAUUGCCUCCAUUAUGUUGUUGCUAGCAAAUACCACAAUUUUUACUUUUGGAAAUAGAACUUUCCAUGAAAUUCAAAUCUAUUCAUACAUGUCAAGUAAAGGAUUAUCACUAAACAAUUACCAUCACAAAUACACGACUGUAAAAAGAAUCAAAUCUCAAUAAAAAAUCACGACAACGCACUUUCACCAUUUCGCCACCAAAUGUGAUCCCAACCUAGUUAGAAAGUGAACGGAGAGGUGAAAACAAUGUUCAUCCUUGGCAUUCAAAAUUUUAAAUCAGGCUUUAAAAGUUCAUUAAAAAAAAACAGGCUUAAUACUUAAAAGUUAAACCUGAAUUCAAGAAGUUGAGAUAGAAAAAGAGCGGUGAUAAAUAAAUAAACAUUUGUCUACCAAAGAUGAAAACAAGAGGGAUCCAGCUUGACAUAAAAUCCAGGUGUCGCGCGCGCGCCCGGAGAUCAAAACGGACGACUAGCCGGCAGCGUUCGGCCUUGGGGUGCUAAAACACAACUAAUAUUUCCAAACGAAAAGCAUCCAAACCGGACCUCUUCGAUAAACCCAAACCACAAGACUAUGGAAUACCAAAUCUCUGUAGACAAAGCCCACUUCACAUCAACUCCCAAUUGGGCUCUCUCCUCUUCAAUCCAACCCAAUCCAAUCCGGCCACGGCCAGCGAUUACCUAAAAUCCCCUGCUUCGUCCUCACUCGCAACUUACCCCCCAAACUCUCAACUCAGUAUAAAAAUUAAAACCCACCAAAAAAACUAAAACUAAAACUAAAACGUCCACCAAAACUCAGUAACGCAUCAUCUCACCCUCCGGACAAUCAAAUACGCCGGCCGGCCAAGGUGGACGAGAAUUAUCCGAUGAAGGACACGUUGCGAGAUCCCCUCAAAGGCUGGAGAACUUCCUUCCCCGCCGCCCUCCGAUCCUCCAUCAUCAAACUCAAGCUCCCUCUCGCCUUCUGCGCCCUCGUCUCAAUUUCCCUCCUCCUCUACUCCGCUUUCCCGACCCGACCCGCCCCCAAUUUCCACAACAAACCCAACCCGGUCUCCCGCCUCCACGUCGCCACGGCGGCGCCACCAACGAACCUUUCCCACAUCGUCUUCGGCAUCGCCGGCUCGGCCAGCUCCUGGAACCUCCGCCGCCACUACUCCGCCCUCUGGUGGCGCCCCAACGUCACCCGGGGACACGCCUGGCUCGACGCCGAACCUCCCCUGAACGAAUCCUCCCCGUCAGCGUCUUCUCCUCCGCCGCACAGAGUCUCGGCGGACACCUCGAGAUUCAAGUACACCAGCACGUACGGGUCCCGGUCGGCGGUGCGGAUCGCGAGGAUCAUCAAGGAGAGCUUCGAAUUAUUGGAGGCGGCCGCGGAGGAGGAGAAGAAGAAGCAAGACGACGUCAGGUGGUUCGUGAUGGGUGACGACGACACCGUUUUCUUCCUCGAGAAUCUUGUCACCGUGCUCGCCAAGUACGACCACGAACAGAUGUACUACGUCGGCGCGAAUUCCGAGAGCGUGGAGCAGGACGUCAUCCACUCGUACGACAUGGCCUACGGCGGCGGCGGGUUCGCCGUCAGCUACCCUCUCGCCAGGGAGCUCGUCAGGGUCCUCGACGGCUGCAUCGAUCGGUACGCGUCGUUUUACGGGUCCGAUCAGAAGGUCCAGGGAUGCAUGACCGAGAUCGGCAUCCCCUUGACCAAAGAGCUCGGCUUCCACCAGAUGGACAUAAGGGGGAACCCGUACGGCCUCCUGGCGGCGCACCCGGUGGCGCCGCUGGUGUCUCUGCACCACCUGGACUACCUCCGCCCGAUUUUUCCGGACACGACGAGGAUACAGGCUCUGCAGAAGCUGAUGGAGUCGUACGCGCGGGACCCGAGCAGGGCCCUGCAGCGGAGCUUCUGCCACGACCUGCGGCGGAACUGGACGGUGUCGGUGUCGUGGGGUUACACGGUGCAGCUGUACCCGUCCCUGGUGACGGCGAAGCGUCUGGACGCGACGAUCCAGACGUUCAAGACGUGGAGGACGUGGAAGGAGUCUCCGUUCACGUUCAACACCCGGCCCGCCGCCGCGAAGAGCGGUUCAAACGCGCGUGAGGUGCCGCCGGUUCUGUAUUUCCUUGAUAGUGUUGGUGAGAAUGUUGGUGGGGAGAGCCUGACCACGUACAGGCGACACGUGGCGGGGCUCGACGAGGGGAAAGUCCGCAACACAGGUGAACAACAAGCUGGUGAUCGGGUGCUUGCGGGCGUCCGAGCCGUCCACGUGGCCGCGGCGACGAUGGAUCCAAAGACUUGGACUAUGGCGCCACGAAGGCAGUGUUGCGAAGUGAUCGACGGCGGCGAUGGAGCGGACGGCGGCGUUGUACGAGUCAAGGUCAGGGGGUGCAAUCCGUUUGAAAGUGCGACCUUGCCGUAGAAAAAUGGACCGGUCGACGUCAACGUUGAUCGACCAGUGGAGAGGGAGACGAGAAACAGGAAACAUUUGGUUUGAGUGCGUGUUGAUUAGACAGCACAAUUUUUCCAAUAGUGCAACAGAGAGAGAGAGAGAGACUCUACUGCCGUUUUGGCAUCUUUUUAGCCUGCGUUUGCUAUAAUUGUUACAUGUAAAUACAUUGCCAUUGAUGAUAUUGAUAUACGAUGAAGAUUCAUUGACGUACAAUUAUAGGAAAAUUUGGUGGUUUCUUGAUGAGAGUCGAACUCGGAAAUUUAGAAGUUUGAAGAGCAGAUGGGAAAUAUGUUAUCGUAGGGGUGAAAAAUAUGGUAAAUUCGAACGCGGGUUUGUCAAUCAUGAAGGUGAAAAAAUAUUAUCGGCGGUCUCCUUUUGGUAUGAUUUUUAUCUGUAUGGGAUGAUUCCUGUAAGCAUAUAGUUUGAGAGAGGAAUUAUAUAUAUUUUGCAGAUUGUUCUGAUUUUUUGAAAUUGUAUCUUAAUUACUUGGGUUCUAGAGUUGAAGCUCUAUAUUGAGAAGUAUCUGAGAGGCGAAAAGUCCCUUGUUCCUUGGAUCAUCAAAAAAAUUGACUUCGGAUAUGAACUCAGACUUCUUGGCGAAGCAGGAAUAUAGGGAUCGGUGCCUAGACAGCGACGAUCUCUGAUGCAUCUAUACGAUUUGGGCCAAAGAUUGCGAGAGUCUAAUAUUUUUCAGCCUUGUGAAAAAAAUAUUCACGCACAUGAUGAUUUUAAAUCAUCAUAUGUAAUGAUCGAAUCAGAUUCAUUUCAACUUAUUUUUCCCUUUCUGAAUGUAUAACUUAACUAACUGAGAAGUUGAACAUCUGGUGGCAGUAGGUUGUUCGAUAGAUGGUAAUUAGAGGUGGCAAAUGGAUUGGAUUGGUGGAUUGGUGGAUCCAUGGAUCAAAUGGAUUGGAUCAAAUGGAUUGGUGGAUUCAUGGAUUGGAUCAAGUGGAUUGGUGGAUAAUCCAUGAAUCCAAAUGACAUCCUCAACCAAGGACCAAUAUGUAAAAUGUAAAAAGUUUAGGUACUAAAAUGUCAUAAUGAAAAAUUUUAGGUACCAAAACGUAAUUUUCCAAUGAUAUUUUUCGUAUAAAAAUUAAAUUUUAGGUACCAAAAUGUAAAAAAUAAAAAUUGUAGGUACUAAACCGUAAUUUGCCAAUGAUCCAUGGAUCCAAUCCAUGAAUCCACCAAUCCAAUUGGAUUUGGAUAAAAUGGAUUGGAUUAGGUGGAUAUUUUUAAUGGAUUGAUGGAUUGGAUUGGUGGAUUGGAUUGAAAUUGCCACCUCUAAUGGUAAUUGAGACGUAUAGCUCUUGCCCAUCAUUCAAAUAAUGAUUCAUCUUGUCAUUCAUAUAAUUAAAGUCAAAAGAUACCAUUGUAGCUACUUACGUAAUCUCAAAAUUAUUUUGCAACUUUGAUAUCUCACACUAACAAAACCAUUAGGAAUUUAGAUGUGACUAAUCUUGCCACUCAUAGAACUAAACUCUAUGAUACCAUUAUAGGUCAUUAUGUACACUUGAACGUUACCAUUUUAGCUCUAGAGAGUAGAGACACUCCUCCUCCACUUUUCAUUACGAUACAAUAGUAAUUCUAUAACCAAAGAUCCAAUAAAAAUAACAGUAGCGAUAGUUGCAGUGUUCUUCCUUAUAGUUUAUGUCCUUCAUCAUUAGAACUACAAAUGAUGAAGCUUUAUCGUAUGGAAUAGAGUUCCCUAAUAGACAUUAUAAUGAACA